AUGGUCGCUUCCGAAUUGUCACAAGCGGCACGGGCUGAGAAGGCUGAUCCUCAGCCGCUGCAGCUUGCAGCUCAACAGAUAAAUGACGGCCAUGAACCAGCCCCGCCAUUGGUGAACAGGGUUGGGCAGAGCAAGAGCCCGUACGUACGAAGCCAUGCGGACGGCCGCGUCGCCUGGCAACUGCUUAACGACGAGUCGAUCGAGAGAGCCAGGAAGGAGAACAAGUUGAUCUUUCUGCACAUUGGCUUCAAGGCCUGCCACUAUUCGCGACUUACAUCCACCGAGUCCUUCACCCACCGCGAAUGUGCCUCGAUCCUGAACGAGUCCUUCAUCCCCGUCAUCAUCGACCGCGAGGAGCGCCCUGAGCUGGACACGAUAUAUAUGAACUACGUGCAGGCUGUGAGCGGAUCAGGCGGCUGGCCCUUGAACCUCUUUCUGACCCCUGAUCUCGAGCCCGUCUUUGGUGGCACCUACUACCCAGCUCCCGGCUCGAACAAUGGAGGUUCCGAUGAUGAGGAGCGUCUGGACUUCCUAGCCAUCUUGCGCAAGCUGCAGAAGGUGUGGAAAGAGCAGGAGCCGCGAUGCAGACAGGAGGCAAAGGAGGUCGUGGUGAAGCUACACGACUUCGCGGCGGAGGGUACUCUAGGAACCGCCACGGUCCAGCCGGGUGUUGCGGGCUCGCAGACCGCUGCCAUUGGAAGAUCAGAGACGGGGCUGGAGCUUCCGGAAUCCGGCAGAGCGGCUGCCGCCGUGUCAAGUGAGCUCGACCUGGACCAGCUGGAAGAGGCUUACACGCACAUCGCCGGCACGUUUGACCCCGUCUACGGCGGUUUCGGCUUGGCCCCCAAGUUCCCGACUCCACCGAAGCUGUCCUUCCUGCUGCGCUUGCCCCGGUAUCUUUCCCCUGCUCAGGAUGUUGUGGGCGAGACGGAGUGCGCGCACGCUACGGAGAUGGCCCUCUUCACACUGCGCAAGAUGCGAGACAGCAGUCUGCGCGAUCAUGUGGGAGGCUCCGGCUUUGCGCGAUACUCUGUCACUGCAGACUGGAGUGUUCCGCGCUUCGAGAAGCUCGUUGCCCAAAAUGCUCUGCUUCUUGGGCUGUACCUGGAUGCAUGGCUGAUUGCAGGUAGCGGCGAGAAGGACGAGGAGUUCUACGAUGUCGUGGUGGAGUUGGUCGAUUACCUCACCAGCUCCCCCAUCAACUUGGCUGAAGGUGGUUUCGUUUCUAGCGAAGCCGCAGACUCGUACUACCGACGUGGAGACAGACAUAUGCGAGAGGGAGCUUACAACCUCUGGACACGAAGGGAGUUUGACACAGUCAUUGGAGAUGACCACGAGGCAGCGCUGGCUGCGUCCUACUGGAAUGUGCUUGAGCAUGGCAAUGUCGAACCGGACCAGGAUCCCAACGAUGAGUUCAUGAAUGAGAACAUUCUGCGUGUUGUCAAGGAUAUUCCAGAGAUUGGACGCCAGGCUGGUAUUACUACUGAUGAAGUGAAGAGAGUGGUCACUUCAGCGAAACAAAAGCUCAAGGCACACAGAGAAAAAGAGCGCCCAAGACCCGAGGCCGAUACCAAGAUUGUUGUGGGACGCAACGGCCUGGUGAUUUCCUCCUUGACAAGGGCUGCACUGGCUUUGUCGACCGUUGAUGCGUCAAAGAGCCAAGCUGCGAUAGAGGCUGCCAGCAAGGCCGCGGCCUUUAUCCGAUCCAACCUUUGGGAUCAGAGCAACAAAACUCUUUACAGGAUAUACCACGAGGGUGUGGGUGAGACAAAGGCUCUGGCAGAGGACUAUGCCUAUCUCAUUGAAGGUCUCAUUGGACUUUACGAGGUGACUGCAGACGAGAAGUGGAUUGAGUUCGCCGACGAGCUUCAGCAGGCCCAAAUCCACAUCUUUUACGACAGCCCGACUCCGGAAUCCACAACAUCCCGCUCCUCAUGUGGCGCCUUCUACACCACACCCGAGAACGCGCCCCACACGAUCCUCCGCCUCAAGGACGGCAUGGACACCGCUCUCCCCUCCACAAACGCCGUCUCCGUCUCCAACCUCUUCCGCCUCGGCACUAUGCUCAACAACGACUCCUACGCCGCCACCGCCCGCGAAUCCAUCAACGCCUUCGAGGCCGAGAUCCUGCAGUACCCCUGGCUCUUCCCCGGUCUGCUCUCGGGCGUCGUCACGGCCCGUCUCGGCGGCGUGACGUGGGUCGUCGUCCGCGGUCCCGACGGCGCGCAGGACGAGUUGACGACGAAGCUGCUGAGGAAGCUGAGCGUCGAGGCGAGCGGUGGGCUCAGAAACGUGGUGCUGCUCAAGAGCGAGGAGGACGUGUUGGCGCAGAGGAACCCUGCGCUGAAGGCUUUGGUGCAGACGCAGCGGCCCGGGUCGUAUCUGCUGGAGAAUGGCGUUUUCCGCCCCAUCACGCCGGCGGACGUAGCAUGA